CGCUUCCGGCGGAGCGAAGCUAUGACCUGGCCGCCGCCGGGGAGGCGUAGGUUGUCCGAUGCUGGCCACCUUCAAACCUCGUCGACUUCACAAACGCCCUCCCGAUCUAUCACCGACUCCAUGGUCCCAACACCCUCUCCGCCUCCUCCCACCAGAGUACGUCCACAACCCCGCCUCCAGCUCCCUCUAUUCGGUGUUGGGUGCCCCUGUGGGCCUUAGCCGACGCGGACUCCGCACAUCCCGCCAUGCCCACGUUGAAAAGAGACGGCCGUCUUGGAGGCGGCGUACCCACAUAGCGCACCGUCCUGUGCUUGCUUAUCGCCCGCGCGGCUAAUCAUGUCUGAUAUUCGCGUCCUUACUGGCCCUGAAGUCGCCGAACAUGCUAGCAGGGAGAGCUGCUGGAUCAUUGUGCAUGGGAAAGUGUACGAUGUCACGCAGUUCCUACCAGAACACCCUGGCGGCCAAGCAAUCAUCUUGAAGUACGCUGGGAAAGAUGCGACUGAGGCCUACGAACCAAUCCAUCCACCUGAUGCGAUCACGACCAACCUGCCGGUGGACAAACACUUGGGUGCCAUUGACGCUAGUACCGUCGCACAAGUCGUCAAGGAAAUCACCGACGAAGAGAAGCAGCGUCAGAAGUACGUGGAAGCGAGACCUCCACUUGAUACCAUCAUCAACUUGCACGACUUCGAGACGGUAGCAAGAAAGGUCGUCUCAGAGAAGGCAUGGGCCUACUAUUCCUCCGCAUCCGACGAUGAAAUCACCUUGCGCGAGAACCGCAUGGCGUACCAACGGGUGUGGUUUAGACCUCGCAUCCUCCGUGACGUCACCAGUGUCGACUGGUCGACGACGAUCCUUGGCCAGAAGUCGUCACUUCCCGUGUACAUCUCGGCGACCGCACUCGGCAAGCUCGGACAUCCCGAGGGCGAACUCUGUCUUACACGGGCGGCCCAAAAUCACGGCGUCAUCCAAAUGGUCGCCACAUUGGCAUCGUGCUCGUUCGAUGAAAUAGUGGACGCGACCACACCAGAUCAGACGCUGUUCCUCCAGCUGUACGUGAAUAGGGACCGGGAGAUCACGAAGAAGUACGUCCAGCACGCGGAGGCGCGCGGCGUCAAGGGGCUCUUCAUCACCGUCGACGCCCCGCAGCUCGGCCGGCGCGAGAAGGACAUGCGCAUGAAGUUCGUCGGCGACGACGGUGUCGCGAAAGUGCAAGACGGACAGUCUGACAUCAAGAAAGAUGAAGGGGUUGCCCGCGCUAUCAGCUCUUUCAUCGAUCCGAGCCUCUCGUGGAAGGACAUCCCGUGGUUCAGGAGCAUCACGAAGAUGCCCAUUAUCCUCAAGGGUAUAGCGACCGCCGAAGACGCUAUCUUGGCAUACGAAGCUGGCGUCCAGGGCAUCGUCCUCUCAAACCACGGCGGCCGCCAGCUCGACACGGCGCGCUCCGGUCUUGAGGUCCUCGUUGAGGUCGUGCCUGCUCUGCGGGCGCGCGGGUACUUCCCGGACCCCAACUUCGAGAUCUUCGUCGACGGUGGUGUGCGCCGCGCGAGCGACGUGCUCAAGGCCCUCGCACUCGGCGCAAAGGCUGUCGGUGUCGGCCGGCCGUUCCUUUACGCGUUCUGUAGCUACGGCCAGGAUGGCGUUGAGAAGGCUAUCCAGAUCUUCCGGGACGAGUUCGAGAUGAACAUGCGUCUGCUGGGUGCGCGCACUAUCGAUGAGCUGGUUCCCGAGAUGGUCGACGCUAGCGCGCUGUCCUCGCACGUUGUCCUUACGCCGCAAGACACCCUGUUCCAGAACACCUAUCAACCUCUGGUGGGCGCGGCGUUCCAGGAGAGCAAGCUCUAGGCUCUACCUGCGCAGUUCUCUCGAGCCCAAGUAUCAUCCCACUCCUUCCGCAGUCCACGUGUACUCUCAAUGUAACAUACCUGAAUUAUAUGG